GCUCUAAACCUGCCACUGAGCGAUGUACUGAGUCAGUCACCACAAAGAGGAUUUCGUUUUCCUUUGCCUAGAGUGCGUGGUUGUAAGCAGUACGAAUUCUCUCCAGUUAUCACCAGUGAGAAUUUUGAAGGUCAUCAGCCAUUUGGUGGUGGUGGUAAGCCAUGGCUGCAGAUGAUAAAGUGGCAAUCUUAACUGAUGACGAAGAGGAACAGAAGAGGAAAUACGUGCUUGCUGAUCCCUUCAAUGGCAUUUCUAGAGAACCAGACCCCCCUUCCAAUGAAACGCCAUCCUCCACAGAAACGUCUGCCAUUCCCGAGGAGGACAUAGACUGGAUAGAGAAGCAUUGCGUUAAAAUAAACAAUGACCUUCUCAUUUCCAAGGUUUUUUAUUUUUUCUUUUACUCUGCCUAUGGGUCCCUCUACCCACUUUUGCCUGUGUAUUACAAACAGUUGGGAAUGUCACCCAGCCAGAGCGGACUUCUGGUCGGUAUUCGAUACUUCAUUGAAUUCUGCAGUGCCCCCUUUUGGGGUGUCGUUGCAGAUCGUUUCAAAAAAGGCAAAAUUGUCCUCCUCUUUUCUCUUUUGUGUUGGGUUUUGUUCAACCUGGGCAUUGGAUUUGUCAAACCCGCUACCUUGAGAUGUGUACCAAAGAUCCCCCCAACAGCUCACCCCACCAACGUCAGUCACCUGGUAACCACCCUGCCAGUGAAUUCUUCCACUGUGUCUUUCCUCUCCACGCCACCAAAAAUGCGGCAGAAAAGGGACCUGCCACCCACGGUGGAAGUGGCAUCCAAUAUCUCGGACCCGGAUCCCUUUUCAACAGCUUUAGCCACAACGAGUGAGCCCACCCUGCAGCCUCGGCCCGCCGAAACCACUACCCGCAGCGCGGACGCGAUUGUGAACCUGAACACGGCGACCCCGGGGCCCACAGGAAAUGUCACCAGGCUGACAACCACUGCUGCUGUCGUCGUCGUCACCACCACCACCACCACCACCACCACCACCACAUCUGUACCAUCCGACCAAGUCACCCUUGUUUACGACCAACAAGAAGUGGAAGCGAUAUUCCUGGUGAUCUUGGUGGUGGUCAUCAUCGGGGAGUUUUUCAGCGCCUCCUCGGUCACCAUCGUGGACACCGUCACCCUGCAGUAUCUGGGGCGGCACCGCGACCGCUACGGGCUGCAGCGCAUGUGGGGCUCGCUGGGCUGGGGGCUGGCCAUGCUGUGCGUGGGCAUCGGCAUCGACUACACGCACAGCGACGUGCAGGUGGACGGCCAGGGCUGCAGGGCGCCCGAGUACCGCAACUACCAGGUCGUCUUCAUCGUCUUCGGCGUGCUCAUGACCCUGGCCUUGGUCGUGGCCACCCAGUUCCGGUUCCGCUACAACCACUUCAAAGCGGGCGAGGGCGCGGGCAAGGAGGUGGAGAUCCCGGCGGUGCAGGGGGACGGCUCCACCGGCUCCACGGGCUCGUCGUCCGAGGAGGCGCCCGCGGGCCGCGCCUUCGGCUUCCGCGACCUGAUCCGGCUGCUGUGCAGCGUGCAGUACGGCUCCGUGCUCUUCGUGGCGUGGUUCAUGGGCUUCGGCUACGGCUUCGUGUUCACCUUCCUCUACUGGCAUCUGGAAGACCUCAACGGGACCACCACCCUCUUCGGCGUCUGCUCCGUCCUCAGCCACGUGUCCGAGCUGACGGCCUACUUCUUUAGUCACAAGCUGAUUGAACUGAUAGGCCACAUCAGGGUUUUGUACAUUGGCCUGGCCUGCAACACAGCUCGCUAUAUUUACAUUUCCUACCUGGAAAAUGCGUGGACUGUCCUCCCCAUGGAAGUUCUUCAAGGAGUGACCCAUGCGGCUAUCUGGGCAGCGUGCAUCUCGUACCUCAGUGCCGCCGUUCCCCCUGAGCUGAGGACGUCUGCGCAGGGCAUUCUGCAGGGUCUUCACCUAGGUUUGGGGCGAGGAUGUGGUGCCAUGAUCGGAGGCGUGUUAGUCAAUUACUUUGGGGCUGCUGCAACCUUCCGAGGAAUUGGCAUGGCUUGCCUGGUGAUUCUCCUGCUCUUUGCCCUUAUCCAGUGGCUGGCAGUGCCAGAUGAGGAGGAAGACAAGACAAUGUUGGCAGAAAGAAUUCCUGUUCCCUCCAGUCCCGUUCCCAUAGCAACCAUCGACUUGGUACAGCAACAGACGGAGGAUGUCAUGCCACGCAUGGAGACCAGACUUCCGCCCAAGAAAACUAAACACCAGGAAGAACAGGAAGAUGUGAACAAGCCAGCUUGGGGGGUCAGCGCCUCUCCCUGGGUGACCUUUGUCUAUGCGCUUUACCAAGUUAAAGAGAUGAUGCAGUUGACCAGAGAGAGCCGUGCUUCUGAGAUACAGCCUUUACAGGGGACCAGUGAGAAUCGGGAAAAUCCUCCAGCUAGCGGAACCCAGCGUGUCCCCUGUGAGGCUCCCUCUGAAACACCUAGAAACCAGCCACCGCCCGACACAGCAACGUCUCAGAUUCAGCCCAUCCCCGCUCAUCCCAGCGUGGCCCCGGGUGUGCGGAGUGAGGGGCAACAGGCUCAGGCAGCUGCAGGAGGACACUGAGGGGUCCCAUUUGUCCUACACCUUGCAUGGAACUGGGCACUUCAGCCAGGACAGAGGGCAAGGCCCCAACUCUGAACACACCUCACCAGAGGAGCCUAGCACCGCAUACGUAAGCUACUAAUAUCUAAAUUCAUUGACAUGAAACACACACACAUACAACACACACACGAGCUACAGUACAUGUUGUCAGGAAAAGGGAAACUUGCAUAGUCUCAUUGGAGAUGCUAAAGGAAAUGGUGUUUAGUGAGGACUUCUGGUUGUUAGGUCAUCAAGCCAGUGCUGUAAGGGUGGACAUCAGCAGUUACAUUCAGCAAGUGGAGGGAAUGAAAGGGUUUCCAGGUAAAUGUUGAUAUAAUUUCCCUCUUAUGAUUAUUUAUUCUACUUAUUGAGUUCCUAAUACAAACUGGGAAGGAGCAGUACAUCUGUAGUUUUGUUUGUCUUGAAGAGAACCGUGUUUAAAACAGACAUAUUUAAAAAAUAACCAGAUAAAAACUAGUGCUACAAUGCUUUUGUUUAAAUGAAUGUUAAGUUUCAUUAUAAACUUUGCAUAUGUCAAGCAAAUAUAUUUUUAUAUGCAUAUGGUAUAUAAUGAAAAUAGUACUUUAAACAGCAAAAGCUGUUAGUGACUACUGAAAGCUAAGCAGAGCUUUAAAAUGCCUUUUGUUUUAAAUGGGCUUUGAGAAUGACCAGAAAUGAGGGAACAUUUUAAAGACGCCAACCAACUCAGUAUCCUGUGGCUCAGUAGACAUGGGUUUAUAAAUAUACUAAUAUUUUCAAAUAGCCUCUGUCACUAUUUACUAUUUUCUAGUGAUUUGGGCUCUAAUUAGCUAAGGGAAUAAAACAACUAAAAAUCACUGAAUUCCUGAGGGUUCCUUUCAUUAAGCAGUACUAUUUACAAAGGAUAGUAUAAGAUUUAAGUGCCUGGGGGAGGGAUACAACUUUUUCAAAAUGACAUAGUUAAGUCAGUUUGUUUGUGAAAUAGUAAACAGAACAAGACUGGAACAAGAGGGGUGGGGAAUAGGAAAUGCUUUCUAGUGACUGAAGAAACAAAUCUCAGAAUGUUCUUUCCCAAGAAAACAUAGUCGGACACUGGACUUUUCAGAUAUAGGGAUGCCACUGUGUAAGAAGUAUGGCUAGAUGACUCACCCAAAAUGCUUGCUGCUAGAGAGUGAAGCAGAUUAUCCGGAAACCUAGGGGAAGCCUGUGGAAAGCAAAUGCUGCUCUAACUGUGUGAAGGCCAGUUAUAUGUAUAUAGAUGUCGAGGAUGAACACAGAACCCAGAAGACAGUUACAAACAGGUAGAGCUGAUUUGGAGCAGCCGGGAUGACUUGCAAAGUAAAGAUCCUCCAUGACUCAAUUCUGCUCAACCCUAUGCCUGCCUGGGAGAAGAGAUUCUGUACUUGGAUGUCAAGCUUCACCAGAAACACAGCUUCAAACAAUUGAGAGAAAUAGAAUUAAACAGAUAAGUUAUUUUUGCACUUGAACCAUACUGUACUGUAAAUUAUCAUGGCUCAUUUUAAGUGACCUUUAAAAAUCAGAUGUAUUUAUUAUGCUUGUGGAAUUACAGAUGUGUAAAAGUGGGUGACAGGCUGAAUCCCACCUAUGAAUGUACGGUAUGUGGAUUUGUAAAACUGACUGUAGGGAGUCAAAACCUUGUACCUUGUGUUUAUAGUUCUGAUUUUUUUUUUCCUUUGAAAAGCCUGCUGUUUUGUGGAAAUGCACAGUGGACAUGUUGAAAUAAAAAGUAAAUAGCAUUUUUAAAUAUUUCUUAAAUGAAGAAUGUGACCAAACAAGUAGCAGUCCUUUGCUCUGUAAUGAAUGAGACCAAAUUCAACAUGCCUUUGCUAUGAAAUGUCUACUGUGAGAGAUGCUCCAACAGUGCAGUCAUUUACAUCUUCAUGAGUUUGUGGACUUUGUGACUUCUUCCUGUCCUCAAAGUGCCAUAUGCCACUUUAAAAACAUAUUAAAGUGAAUUCAAAUUAAA